CAGAACCAACUGGACAUGUCCGACGAACACGCAGAUUAUUACAUCGGAGUGGAUGUAGGUACCGGCAGUGCGCGUGCCUGUGUCAUCGAUAAUCAAGGGAAUAUUGUCGGUCUUGCAUCGCAGGACAUUAAGACAUGGCGACCACAUCCGCAAUACUAUGAGCAAUCGACCUCCAACAUAUGGAACAGUAUCUGUAUCGCCGUCAAGGACGCACUUCGACAAUGCGAUGUCCCGGCCUCCAAUAUCCGAGGACUUGCCUUCGAUGCCACUUGCUCCCUAGCAGUAUUCAGCAACGAAUCCGAUAAUCCCAUCUCAAUCAGCAGCCCCGACUUUAGUACCGAUCGGAAUGUGAUUCUGUGGUUGGAUCAUCGCGCAGUGGACGAGACAAAGACUAUUAAUGCAACCAACCACAAUGUGCUCAAAUAUGUUGGAGGCGCCAUGUCCGUGGAAAUGGAGAUGCCGAAAAUCCUCUGGCUGAAGAACCAUAUGGAGCCGCGAAUGUUUGAAGACUGCAAAUUCUACGAUCUCGCAGAUGCGCUCACUCACAUGGCCACCGGCAAAGAGACUCGAAGCUACUGUAGUGUUAUUUGCAAGCAGGGCUAUCUGGCAAAUGCCACUGGUACCGGCUCCGAAGGAUGGCAGUUGGACUUUCUGACUGCAGUUGGCCUUGAAGAUCUCACUGCGGAUGACUUUGUGCGACUUGGUGGUAUUAAUGGCCUGAAUGGUCAUUAUCUCAGCGCUGGCCAGUGUGUAGGCCCGUUGAGCGAAAAAGCUGCAGCUAGCUUAGGGCUCGUCCCCGGUAUCGCAGUCGGGAGCGGAGUCAUCGACGCGUAUGCAGGCUGGAUCGGCACCGUGGGAGCCAAGGUCGACUUGGACAAUGACAACUCCGGUGACGAGCAGGAACGGGUCAUCCAUCGACUAGCAGUCGUCGCCGGUACCUCAACCUGUCAUCUCGCCAUGUCCAACGAGGAACUGUUUGUCCCUGGAGUUUGGGGGCCCUACCAGAAUGUGCUAUUCCCCGGUGCAUAUCUGGCCGAAGGAGGGCAAUCCGCGACAGGCGAACUCAUUCGACAUGUCGUCGAAAGCCAUCCAGCCUAUUCGGCAGCUUUGGAAGCUGCAAAGGCUAAGGGUGUACAUGUUUACGAUUUCCUCAACAACCAUCUUCGCGAACAAGCCAGACAGAAGCAGGUCUCCGUAUCGAUUCUCGCCAAGCACUUCUUUUUCUACGGCGACCUAUGGGGCAAUCGCUCCCCCAUCGCAGACCCGCAAAUGAGCGGCGCCAUUAUCGGGUUGAAAAGCGAUGAGUCAAUGAAUAAUCUCGCUCUCCAUUAUUAUGGGGCGCUGGAGUUCAUCGCCCUCCAAACGCGUCAGAUCGUGGACACGAUGAAUGAACACGGUCACCAAAUUUCAGUCAUCUUCAUGUCUGGGUCCCAGACACAAAACGAUAUCCUGGUUGACUUAAUAGCCUCGGCGUGUAGCCUCCCGGUGGUCCUACCCCAGCAUGUUCAUGCUGCCGUGUGCCACGGUGCUGCGAUGCUAGCAGCCAUGGCCGCCAGUGGGAGUUCAGGAUCAUCUUCGAAAGAUUUGUGGUCUAUCAUGGGCCAAAUGAGCAAACCGGGUCGACGUGUAGAUCCCACCACGGAUGUGGAUCAGCAACGGCUGCUUCAGGCCAAGUAUGAGGUGUUUUUGGACAUUUGUUUCCGGCAGCGUGAAUAUCGGGAUUUGGUGGACAAGAGGCUUAGUGAGAGGUAG